AUGAAGCGCUUCUUUUCUGUUUGUUCAACAACUUUGAGAGUGAUGACAAGCAAUUCUCUUUCUACAAAUGCCACAAGAACACCAUUCGGAAUUGCACCAUCAGUGUUGAGGAUGUGCUUCAAAUCUCCAAACCAUUACUGCACAAUUCAUCAUUCCAUAAAUUUACACAUUAAAUUCAACAAUUAUCAUCAUCAUUAUGGCAAUCCUACACUUCAUACCCACUCCAACAACAACCACCACCAUGAUCAUGAUCAUCACCACUUCAACACAUACGUCCUUCAACAAGAACUCGUUCGUAAAGCAUUGGAAGAAAACGAUGCAGAAUCGCAAGCAUCUCUCGGAGUUGCCUACUACACGGGUGAGCGUUUCAUCGUCCAUGACCAACAACAUGUGUUGAAACAAGAUCUCUCAAAAGCCUUUCAAUUCUUGUCGAUGGCAGCACAACAGAAUCAUCCGGGUGCACUUUUUCUCCUUGGCAAUCUGUACCUGGAGGGAGUUGAAGGGGUGGUUGAGAAGGAUGAAAAGAAGGCUCUCCACUACUGGGAGUUGGCUGCCUCACUCCAACAACCACAAGCUCUCUUUGCGUUGGGUGUAAUGUAUUUGAAUUCAGAACAUGGAAGCAUCCUUAAUGAAUUGGGGAAUGAUAAAGAAGAAGAACAACAACAUCACCACCAAAACUCAGAAACUCUUUCAGCUACAGUUCAGAAAGGUAUGCACUAUUUGGAAAGGGCCGCUGAAUUGGGCAGUACGGAUGCUUGCUUUAAUUUGGCACUCCUCUAUCAUUGUGGAAGUGUUCAACAACCCAAAGAUCUUUCAAAAGCCAUUCAAUAUUAUGAACGUAUUGCCAACUCUCCACAUGGGGAUGCCCAAGCUCAAUUCAAUCUCGGAUGUUUGUAUCGAGAGAGAUGCAUCCAUAAUCAUCACUCUGGAGAGAAUGAUCAUCAAAUAUCGUGA